AGAUAAUUAUAUCGGUAUCGUUAUCGGCUCUAAUACUAAUUAAAUUGUAAAUUAUUUGUAACUAUAAAAAACACGUUAAUUACCGAUCAUGGCAACCUUGGAGGACAAAUUACUGGGCGAGAAACUGGAGUACUACUGCAGCAGCAGCGAGGGCGAGGACAACGGCGACGAUGGCGAUGAGGGCCGCAGCAGCAAGGGAGCAGGAAAAUCCGGAUCCUCUGGACUCACCAUUGACACAAAUCCCAACGCCACUCCAGCUGGAGGUUUCCGCCAGCAACAAGGAUCCACAAAUACAGGACCCAAGGGCGUGGUCAAGGAUUGGCAGAGGUUCAAGCAGCUGGAGGCCGAGCGUCGGGACGAGACAGAGCGGCAACGUCUGGCACUGGCCAAGAAGCUAACGAUGACCACGGCCACAGCUGCGGAGGAUGAAGAGCGCAAGCGGCAGGAGGAGCUGGAUGCCGAAUUGGACGAACUGAUGAGCGAGGACUUUCUGCAGCAGUACCAGAAACAGCGCAUGGCCGAGAUGUUGAGGCAAUCAGGUGGCCACCACCAGCAGUUCGGUAAGGUGCAGCAACUCACCUCCCACAGCGAGUUCCUGGCCUGCGUGGAGCAGGAGAACAAGCACACCACCGUCAUUAUACACAUCUACGAGCGCAACCUGUCCGCCUGCAGCACGUUGAACCAGUGCCUGGACAGCCUAGCCACCGACUAUCCGUCCAUUAAGUUUGCCAAGAUCUGCAGCUCGGUGGCCGGCAUGAGCCGAGAUUUUCGCACCAAAGGCCUGCCCGCCCUGCUGGUCUACAAGGCCCAGGCUCUCAUUGGCAAUUUUGUGCGACUAACCGAUGAUCUGAGCGAUGAUUUCUUUGCCUCCGAUGUGGAGAGUUUCCUUAUAGAACAUGGAAUUAUAGUGGAUAGAGCUCUGUACAAUUAAGUAAGUUAAGCGAAGGCCUACAAGCUGACAAGUAAUGAAGGGUUUUCCACAAUUUAAUUUAAAGGUUUGUGAAGAAGAUUAUGAUUUAAAGAAGAGAGUUAAACAUGCUUGCCAAAAACAGAGCCAGGCAGAACAAAUACUCUAAAUUCGAUGGCGACUUGAAAGCCAAAGCUCUUUUGGUUCUUUGAAAAUCAAAAUAAGUUUAUGCCAAGUUUAUUUAAAAGAUUAAGGAACACUUUUAGGAAAAAUUCAAUCUACAAAUUUUAAAGUAAAUAUUUUCAAGCUGAAAAAAUGUGUAAUUAAAAAGAAAAAUAUUUACUUUUAAGCUUUCUGAAUGUGUAAAUUAAACAAAAAAAAAUCUUUAAAAUAAGAUACGUCCUAACUUUUGGUCAAAUAUACUGAAACCCAAGUGAAUCUCAGGCUCAAAAAAUCAAAUUAAGUAAAAAUCUAACUAAAAUUAAAUAGAAUUUAACAGGAAAAGCUUUUUUAUACUUCAAAACACUCGAUUUUUUCAUUUUAAAUGUUUUAGUAAUGAUUUUGAAUAUUCAAAACAAGACUUUCCGUAAUCUAAAAUUUUCCUAUAAACCCAUUUUUCCUAAAAUUUGUUCCUUCAACUUCUCAAGACCCUUCCUUACUUGUCAGUUUUAGGUAAAAGCUAAACCCAAAAGAUAAAAAAGAAAACCUCUGACCAAAAAUGUGUUCGUAAGCGUAUUAGCAUUUAAGAGAGAAACGUAAGCCAGGUGCCCGCCCUUAAUUAUUUUUUCCAAUUUAAUUAUUUAUUUUUCUUCCAUUCAUUAAUUAGAGUUACAUUAUAUGUAUGAUUCUUUUCUCUUUUGGUUUUUAUACAGAAUUUUCUUAAAGUGCAACUUUCACAUACACACAAAAAAAAAUUAAGAAAAUCCUGGAAAAUGUCUCAAAAAAUGUGAAGAAAUAAUAAGAAAAUCGUUUAAAAAUAUUUGAAAAAAUGUAUUCGAAAUGCAUUAUGCACUUGAAACAGAUCCUGCUCGUAUAAUCUAUAUACCUUUCCGUCAUCAUUUACAGUUUACACUUUACGAUUUAUGAUUUAUAAUUAUGUAAUAGUAUUCUUUAGUGGCUAAUGAAUGUACUUCACUCGAACUCGACGUACUCUGUAAGGUUUAUACAAUUAUAUAUCAUAUAUUUUAUAGCUUAUAGCCUACCAUAAUAUACAGCAAUAAAAAUGAUGUCGAUUGAUACAAUAUAAAGUA